AUGUUCAUGUUAUAUAAAUGGACAGGUGUCACUUUCUUAAAGAAUAAACUUCACAGAUCUAAUAGCCUACCGACACCUACAUCUACACCUCCCCCUACAUCUCUACUGAUACCAGGAAAGAAUAACAGUGUAUCAAAAGGUAACAAUAAUGUCAAAUUUAGUGAGGACCCUUGUACUACUACGAGCCAAGUAAGGUCUCCCAGAAACAGUUUCCAGCCAAACCCCGACGAUCUCCCCUCUUUAUCCAAAUCAAACUCGACCUCGGCCCUACUAAAAUCAAGGAAAAAGGCCAUUUUCAAUUCAAAUUCAGAUAUUGCACAUCCAUCACUGAAGAAAAAAUCAACUACUACAAAGAAUAAUAGAAUGAGUAUAAAUCGUGCUCAGAUAUUACAUCGGUCUAGUUUGAGCAAUCAACUGCAUAGGAACAACAGUAGUACCGUUGUCGCUUCACCAGAAACUAUCAAUCCCACUUCAUUAUCUGGUUCUAGUUCACCUAUAUUGCCAACAAAUGAAUUGAGUAACCUCUCCAAUUCUUCUGUGAUCCAAAAAACAUCAGUACACAAUCCAGCAUCGUCAUCAUUAGCAUUGUCGUAUCCAAAUUAUAAGCUAAACUUGUCUACUCUGAAACGACAUAAUAGUAUAUUAAACGCAAGUGAUUAUUUGACUAUUGAUGUAAAUUUCGAUAGAGAUUCAAUAUAUACGUUUAAUGAAGAUAAGUACAGCGACAUAGCCGAUGAAGAGCCAGAGCAGAAGCAUGAACAGAACAAGGAAAAAGACUGGAGUAGUAGUGGUAUUGAAAACACUGUUGUUGCGUCUAGAAAAAAAGUCAGAUUCAUAUAG